UAAAUCUAUUAUAACUGUUAACAGUCCAACCAUGCGACUCCAGUCCUUGCAAAAAUGGCGGAGCUUGCGCUAACAAGGCGGACAACUCCGGCUACACGUGCGCUUGUGCUAGUGGGUAUACGGGAAUUGAAUGCGAAACUCAAGUCCAACCGUGCGACUCCAGUCCUUGCAAGAAUGGUGGAUCUUGCACCAACAAACCAGACAACACUGGCUACACGUGCACUUGCCCGAGCGAGUAUACGGGGACAGAAUGCGAAACUCAAGUCCAACCAUGCGACUCCAGUCCUUGCAAAAAUGGCGGAGCUUGCGCUAACAAGGCGGACAACUCCGGCUACACGUGCGCUUGUGCUAGUGGGUAUACGGGAAUUGAAUGCGAAACUCAAGUCCAACCAUGCGACUCCAGUCCUUGCAAAAAUGGCGGAGCUUGCGCUAACAAGGCGGACAACUCCGGCUACACGUGCGCUUGUGCUAGUGGGUAUACGGGAAUUGAAUGCGAAACUCAAGUCCAACCGUGCGACUCCAGUCCUUGCAUAA